AUGGCUGACGGGCGAGCGAGCAGAACAAACGUGUUGACGGAGCGGUCGGGAACUCGUUGCAACGGAAAAACGGAGAGUGUACGCCAUUGUAACACCAAUCGAACUGGUUACAGCAAAGAGAGCGAACUUGUAUCUACCACGGAACAAUGGCGGACGCCCAUGGACGGACCGUUGAGCAUAGCGACCAAAAAACGUGGUUUUUAG